ACACACAUAAAUAAGUUGUCCAAAGAAAAAAAAAAAAAUACACACAUAAAUAUAUUUUUGCCUGUAAAUAUUUUUAGAAGUAAAGCUCAAAUUUCAAUCCUUCUUCUCCUCCCGCAGGAAUUCGACUACACAUUCUUCUUUAUUUAAUCCUCUUCUUCUAGGGAAGGGUUUGUCCAACUUACAGAAGCUAUGGAGGGAAUGCUCUCUUCAAGUGACCAACAGAGAUUAGUCACUUCUUUCCUUGAGAUUGCUGUCGAUCAGACAUCUGAAACCGCUCGCCAGUUCUUAGAGGCAACAAGCUGGAAACUUGAUGAAGCUAUUCAGCUUUUCUACGUUGGAGGCGAAGUUGGUAUGCUUCCGUCUGGUACACACACUCAGCCAGCGUCCGAUGAUUACAUGGCUGCACAAUCUUGGGGGGCGGCUGCUGACGCAGGAAAUGAAAGGAUGUAUACCGAUGUAGAUGAAGUCCGUGCUCCUUUGCCUGUUGUGAGGGAAACUCUUUAUGGUGACUCAAUGUAUUACGAGGCAAUGGGACUGGGACACACUCAGCGUGAACCAGCUUCUUUGAUUGCUUUCCGUAACUUCAGUGAAGAGCCAAAAAGCCCUGGUGUUUGGGAACCAGAUGAGGCUGCUUCCUCUGCCCCUGCCUCAGCUUCUGCAUCAGAGACAACAUCAGCUCCUCGGGACAGCUUAGCCUCGUUGUACCGUCCUCCUUUUCAUCUGAUGACACAUGGGUCCUUUGAACAGGCAAAAACUACGUCUUCUUCCCAGGAUAAAUGGCUUCUGGUUAACCUUCAAUCCACCACUGAGUUCAGCUCUCAUAUGCUAAAUAGAGAUACUUGGGCAAAUGAAGCUGUUUCUCAGACUAUCAAAGCCAACUUCAUCUUCUGGCAGGUCAAUGAUGAUACCACGGAAGGAAGGAAGGUUUGCACAUACUACAAGCUAGAAUCCAUUCCUGUGAUUCUUGUCAUUGACCCUACAACUGGUCAAAAGAUGAGAAUGUGGUCUGGAAUGGUUCAACCAGAGACUUUGUUAGAGGAUUUAGUGCCGUUCUUGGACGGUGGUCCUGCCGAACACUUUGCUUCUCUCUCAAAGAAACGUUCAAGAGGCAACUUCGCAUUGACUCCUCACUCCAAACCCAAAGAUGAAGAAGAAGAAGAACUGCAACGAGCAUUGGCUGCUUCCUUGGAAAAUAACGGCAUGAAAGAGUCUUCAGAUGAUAAAUCACCAACAACCUCUGAAGAAGUAGCUGUUACAGCCACUGUGCUUCCAACAUUCCCACCUCUGCCUGAAGAACCAAAGGGAAGUGACCGCAGUGUUCAAUGCAGAGUUGGGAUCCGUUUACCCAACGGACAAAGACUUCAGAGGAUUUUUCUCAAAACCGACCCAGUUCAGCUUCUCUGGUCUUUCUGCUACUCUCAGCUUGAGGAAGCAGAGAGGAAGAAGCCACUGAAGCUAACACAGGCGAUUCCAGGUGAAUUAAAGACGUUGGAGUAUGAAUCUAACUUAACCUUGGAGCAAUCUGGUGUUGCCAAUUCCAUGAUCUCUGCUACAUGGGAAUGACAAAAAUAGUAUCUGUAAAACUAUCUACGGUGAGGUGUCUUAAGGUUUAUCAGAUUAGUUAAUUUUAAAAUUCAACCUUUUGAAGAAAGAACAAAUCUAUGGGAUUUUAUUUGCAAUGGAUGAAAAAAAUUGUUACAAGAUUGUAAUUUUUUUUAUUUCAUAUAAUAGUUGAAACUCGUCAUUAAUUCUACAGUAAGC